GUACAACAUGUUGGUAUACCUCCUUCUCGCUGCCUUACUGACUGAUUUCUCCUCGGCUGGUGUCUUUUAUAAAGACUGUGGCUCUGUAGAUGGAACCAUCAGUAAUAUUGAAGUGUCAUCAUGUGCUUCAGAACCCUGUCAAUUCCAGAAGAAUACCAAUAUCUCUGUUACCAUCGAUUUUACCUCAAAGACAGUCGUGUCUAGUGCUACUACUGUCGUACAUGGGAUUAUAGCCGGUAUUCCCGUACCAUUUACUUCAGUUCAACCUGAUGCUUGUAAAGAUAUGUCUUGUCCACUAGCCAGUGGAACCAAAUACACCUAUAAGAAUCAAGUAGCUGUAUUGCCUAUCUAUCCUACGAUCCAGUUGGUAGUCCAAUGGGAAGUAAAGGAUCAAGACGGAAAGGAUUUGUUAUGUUUUAAAAUUCCAGUUAGAAUAACAAAUUAAACUAAUUAU